AUGCUGCCCGGUUCCAAGAAACCACUGGUUCUUCCAGAUGGAUAUGUUCCACCGACAUCACAGUAUGUCGACACUAACUUGGCAUCCUAUUUGGCAACAAAGUUUGGCUCCUUGGAUCACUUGUCAAUCAACAAGAUUCGAAACAUUAACCUUCAUCUACUUGACAUGAAUAUCCCCCAAAUCUGGAAUGGUUGCAACGGCUACAAUGUGGACUUGAUCAGUGAAUUGAGUUUGGAUGCGACUCCACGAAACCACAGCUUUGUCAACAUGAUCAUUCGAGUCGGAAAUCGAGGAAAACGCAAUUAUGUCUCAGUUUUGAAAUAUUUCCAAGAAAAGUACAAUAUCACCCUUAACUACCCACACUCACCCCUUUUGCGUGAUUCCUCUGGUAGAAUGUACCCACUUGAGGCCAUUUGGUUCCGUAUGCGUGUUUAUUGA